AGUCAUGAGUACUUGUCAACUCGACUCCUCAACUGGAGAUAACUUUCUAGCACCUCACCAUGGGGAAGGAUGUAUUCAUAUGCCUUCACCAGCACAUGCAUUAAACAUGCAGAGAGUUACACAAGUUCUUACCACCUUGGGGCCCCAUUCAGGUAAAAUCUCAGCUAAUCUUACUUGCUUAUUUGUAUACACUAACACCUGUGCAUGCUUUUGUCCACGUUGUUCCUUUGACGAUGAAUAAAUACCCCUUUUCUUUCUUUCUACGUUAAGGGUGCCUUUUCAUCUGAUUAAAUUUAUAAUGAACAGGGACAUUGCGGUUGUCCCAAGUGGAUGGUAUGAUGAUAGGAUGGUUUUCUGGCCCAGCUAUAAAAACACCGACAGAAUUGAAAGGGCCGCUUUAAAUGAGGUGCAGCAUGAGCCAAACUGGCCAAUAUUAGACGUUUCUGUUGUCCGAACUUGUGACAACUACAAAGACGCAUUAAAAAUAAUGCAACAAUAUGGAAAGGACUGCAACACCUCAGACCUGCAAUCUGAGGCAGAGAACGAGGAGCUGCCAGAAAAAAGGAACAGGAAGCCAGUCCAUCGUCUCGGGGACUCAGAUGAUAGCGAAGAAGACCCGGGAAAUAGUGACCUCACAUCUCUGGGGUUGGCAAGCCAAUUGCACAGGCAGACUCCACCGUCUCGCCGAGUGCCAGCAAGAGUCAUGAGUACUUGUCAACUCGACUCCUCAACUGGAGAUAACUUUCUAGCACCUCACCAUGGGGAAGGACGCAUUCAUAUGCCUUCACCAGCACCUGCAUUAAACAUGCAGAGAGUUACACAAGGAACGGCAGUCCCUCCUCGACUCCCUCCACCCCCCUCACCAGCAGCCCUCAACAUGUGGCAGACAGAGGAGCCUGGAUCCAGCCUGGCCUACAGGCCAACAUGGCGAGGGGAAAGAAUGGCCGACAACAUUUCCUGCUCUGCGCCUGAGGUAAUCCAGAUCCUUAGCCUGCUGGAAACUAUUAAGCACAACCAAGACCAGCUGAUUGCGAAGGUGCUGUGAGUAAAAAUGUGUUGACAAGGUCAGCCACGGACGCCGAGGUCACCAAACACGCCAUCAGGUGGUUCAACUUGGCGGGGGAUCGGGCAACGAGGAGACAAGUCCCGC